GUUGAAUAUGGUCCAAGGAUAAUUGGUUAUCGUCGGCUCUUAGAUGUAUUCUGCUCUAGUCAUGAUUCUAGACAAGUGUUUGGACAAGGUCCUGAUGUGGGUAACCAAUACAGAUCCUGUAUUUUCACUAACUGUACAGAAGAGUUGAGACUGGCUUCUACCAGCAAAGAAAGGGAGCAACUUAAUACAAGAAGCAGUAUCGUGACUUCUCUCUUGUCGUUGACUCCUCUCUUCACGAGUCUCAUCUCCGACGCUUCUUCUCUUUUCUUCUGUUGCUUUGGUUCUCAUCUUCAUCACACUUAUUGCAAGUUUGAUCAAAGGCUCAAAAUCCAACAAAAUUCACCAUUUUAG